AUAAAUAGUACUAUCUAUGUCGAUACGUUUUGCAACACUAGCCAGGUCGUCAAUUUCGUGAAUUUUGUUUCUGAAUUAAUUAUGUUUAUUUUGACUAAAGAUGAUGAGAAGUUCGUGCUAUUGCCAAAUAAACCCGUCUACACGGUCGGUCGCUUGUCAACCGAUCUGAUUCUGCUGGAGGACCUUAGCAUCAGCCGCACUCAUGUGCGCGUGCACCUGCCUAGUGAGACGAAUGGGGUGCUUCAAAUAGCAGAUGUGGGCUCCAAAUACGGUACCUUCCUCAACAACGACAUUGCCAGAAACAAGAAGAUGGCCCCAAACACAUUGACGCCCCUGCCAGUCGGGUUUAAGGUUCGCUUUGGCGGCAGCACUAACAUUUGGCAGGUAACGCAGAUGAAACUGGUGAGCGCUGCAUCUGCGAUGCCAAACGAUCAAGUGUUGGAGCUGGCUACGAUCCUUGGAUCAAUGGGCGGCUCUGUGAGUGCAAACUGGGGAGACGAGUGCACACAUCUGACCAUGAACGAGGCCACAGUCACCGUGAAGCUGCUGCAUGCCUUGUUGGAGAACAAACCCAUUGUGACCUUCGAAUAUUGGCGCAAGCUGCUGGCGGCAGCGCAAAGCAUUCACGUACGUCAAGGCUGGCCGCAGCCUGAAGACUACAAGCCCACGAACAUGGACCUGACUUGGCGUCCCGAACGCACCACCUUGUUCGCGGACAAGACGUUCGUCUUUAUGAAUCGCAGGCACUUUGAGAUCUACGGCGCAAUUGUAAGAAAGGCAGGCGCAUUAUGCAAGGAUCUCAAUUCGGGAGUUCGCAAAACGUUUCUCACAAAGAAGGAUGUCAUCGUGAUUCAAUAUGUGCCUUCAACGCAGUCGCAGUCAACGGAAACGAUCCAAAGCAUUCAGGAUCUCUUGGAACAGGCCGGCUUGCGCAUUAUUCAAGAGUUUGAAAUUGGCAUGGCCCUGCUGCAUUGCUCGACCAAAGAGUUUUGUAAUCCAUCGCACAAGCUAAGUGGCGAUUCGAUGCCCACUACGGAGUCUAUGACUUCGUCAUUCAAUUGCUCUGUUCUGGUGCCGAAUACAGAGCGUAGCGAGGCCGCCACUUCUGAUCCAGUCUCAGAACUUGUAGUGCCCGAGUCGGAUGUCUAUAAGAUGGAGCCGGAAAGCGAUAAGCCCGAAACAGAACCGCAAGUACCUAAGAGUAGACAACGAAAACGGGGUCGCCCCAUAAUUGUCGACUCCUCGGACGAGGAGCAAGAGGAACCCAAAAAACAAAGAUCGAUGGAAGUGCCCACAGAGAGGUCAAAGCCGAAUAAAAAUAAUCCCAUAUUGGUGGAUUCUUCCGAUGAGGAAAACAAUCAUUCCGGGACUGCGGCCAAAGCUGCCACAAGACAGUCGACACGCGACAAAGCAAACUCUGAAAAUGUAGAAAACAAUCAGCAGUCGGAGGAGAAAUUGGAAUCUCCCAGACGUUCCACUCGCGGCACAGCGAAGGCAACUUUGUCUGUGGCCGUUGAGUCUGAUGAUGAGGAUGACACGCCCCUCUUCCAAUUCACAAAAAAAACACAAGAGGUACAACCUCAGAAGCCUGCCGGAACUGGUGUUCAAUCCAACUCUUCGGGAAAGACCGGAAAUCCGCCUGCAAGAAUUAGGGUCAUAAACUUUCUGGAAAAAUUGCAGCUCCAAGAGAGUGUACCUCCUCAAGCCUCACAGUCGCAGUCUCAGACGCAGCCUCGCAAGCGUUUGCGUCUGGAGCUACUCAACGAAAGCGACAGCGAUGACUGCGACAAUCUGUUCAAAUUUGCAGACAGUAAGAAGAAAAAUAAGAAAAGCGCGGAGCAGGCGAAUGAAGACUCCAACGACGGUUUGUUCAACUUCCAUUCCCAAAAUCAAAGCGAGGCAGACGCUGAAGAUCAGGAUCAGGAUCAGGACAAUGUGCUGACAGAGCCCUUCAAGCCCGAUGUGAUGGAAGAACCAAAAUCCAAAUACGUUGUGCCUAAACCAAAAAGUGGGCUGCCCCGUAUGGUGAAUACCAGUGGUUUUCUGUCAUGUAGCAGGCUACAUAACAAGACCAAGUCAGAGUCGAAUAUGAGCGUAACCAUGGAAACAGCUCCAGUUGGAGAUGAAGUCAAUCUGGAUCAGUCCAUUAAAGAAGAGACCGAUAUUGAUGAUAAAAAGUGGUAUGCUUCCUUUGUGGACAACAUUCUGGUGCACACCAAAUCCCUUAACAUCAGCGCUCGCUCCCAUGAUGAUGUGGAUGCCGCUCCGGAUGAUUCUGUGAGCAAGUACAGCGGCCGCAAGAACUUUAAAAACUUUGUUAAGCAAAAAAUUCCUCAUUCACAUAAACAAAUUGUGCGUCUUCAACGCUACCAGUUGGCCGACGGCAUUCUCACGCCUCUAUAAUGAAACAUAUUUUGCUCUUUUUUGUAUUAUAUCUUACUAAUAAUAAACUUGCGAAACACGCUCAACGCCUUG